ACUCAAAUUACAAUAAACACCCCUUUAUUAUCGGAAAAAGUAAAAUGGGGUCCUCAUUUGAUUUUUUCACUUCCGUUUCUCCCUCGGUCGAUCAUCUUCAGAUGACUUUUACAGUCCAUCAAUUUUCUCUCUCUCUUCUUCAUCUUCUCCACUAACUCUCAAUCUUACUCAAAGCUCAACCCAAUUUUCUAGGGUUCUGGUUUUAUUCUCUAAGCAUAAUAUAAAGGCUUGAGUUAUUCGGUUUCCUGAAGAAAUUCAUUGAAGGAGCAGAGAUUAAGGAAUUGGAUUUGGGUAUCGUGAAUUAUGAAAAUUUAGUUUGUUUGGAGAUGGAUAUGGAAUUGGAGGAGGGUGUGGAGUUUGAGGGAUUUUUCCAGUCCCAGAGUUUGUUAAUUAAGGAGGCGGAGGCUGCUGCUGCUGCUGCAACUUCACCUACAUCAUGCAUUGUUGAUCCUCAAAAGCGUGUUAGGUCGAAGGCUGUCAAAAGACCAACACGGCAAUGGGCUGCUUGGACACAUGAAGAGGAGCGAAGUUUUUUUAAUGCACUACGACAAGUUGGCAAGAAUUUUGAGAAGAUCACAUCCCGUGUACAAAGCAAAAAUAAGGAUCAGGUAAGGCAUUAUUACUAUCGUCUUGUAAGGCGUAUGAACAAGCUGUUGGGACCUGAUUUCAUUCUAGACGCAAGAAAUUUCAAAGAAACUAAUGGUGCAAUGCUUCGAUGGUCUGCAUUGCUGGAAAAGUAUAACUGUAAAGCCUCAAAGCUUCACUUGAAGCCUCGAAGGUUUAAGAUUAUUGUUGAGGCUUUGGAGCAACAACUUUUGAAGGAUCGGAAAAAGUACGUAAAGAAACGACGUUCUAAGGGUGAAAAAUGUUCAACUACAACUCCGGAUACUGUUUCACUACCCAACAAAGCCCCAGCAGCUGAUACCGGCGCGGUUACAGUGGUUGCUGUUGAUAGCCAAAAUGUUCCAAAAGGCAGUUCUGGGAGAGGGUCUUCAGUAAAGCGUAAUGUGAAUACUGGUAUUAACCGCAAAAACAACAAAUGUGACUUAGCCACUGUGAAGACAGCGAAGCAACGGAAAAAAACAGGCAGCUCCUCAUCUGCUGCAUACAAGAAAUGGGAAAAGGCUGCAAUGGCUGGGGUUUCCUUGGUUGCAGAUGCUGCUGAGCAUUUGGAGCGGACAACCAUCAGCAAAGAAACCUCCACUGACCGAAGAAGCUCGGAUGAGUCCUUACCCUCGAUAGCUGUUACGGCCGCGGAAAAAGGUAAUGACCCAUUUGGAGUUUUACCCCUAUUGCCUCUCUCAGCUGGUUUGCUAACUCAAGUUCCAGAUACAUGUAUGCCACCGAACUGCGGGAAACUAAAAUUGCAGUUGUUCCCAAUUGAUGAAGAUACGCGAAAAGCAUUAGAAAAGGAUGAACAUAAUCCAUUCUUGGAGCUCACUUUAAGUGCUCGGAAAAAGAUAUCCUCAGUUCUCGAACAUCUUAAUCGUAAAUGGGGAAAAUCGAGCAUAGCAUCGGGAGAGUUGUCGCUUUUCCAGUACGAUGCUCAAAGGGGGAACUUAGUGGGACAUCAAAGAUGGAAACAAGAUACUGUUGCCAGUGCUGCGGACGUGUAUACAGUGAUAGGAAGUCCUCCACUUUUCCGGCUGAGGUAUGGAUGGUUCUCCCCUGCAGACCUUACUUUGGUAACAUCUGGUAUGAAGGAGCAGACCAUAAGCUCAACUACUAUGCCUCCUCUACAUGAUUGCCAUACCUGUAUUCAUCUUAUGAAGCCCUCUGAGGGUCAACAAACCCAAAUUAUGGAGAAGAACGACGUUGUACCCUCUUAUGUUGAUCUGACGGAUGAUACAGUUAGGUACAAUGGCAUGGAUCGCGAGAACAUUAUUGAAGAUAUAGCGCAUUUAAAAUCAUGGCCUGGAAAGGAAAGUGGCAGAGAGAUUAUUCGAGGACCAUGCAACGAUGGGGACAAUCCUAGAAGAAGCAAUAAUAAUACAACAUCGGCUGGGGACUGGGCAGAUAGCCUUACACAUAUAAGCAUCGGAGAACUACUAGUUGACCAAUCUCAAGCAAUGGGAAUCAAUGAUUUCCAGUCAGCUGCCAUGGACAGCUCUGCAUUUCUUCAUCAGAUUCCCUUCAGCUGCGAUUCUUUUGAUGCUGCAAUUGCUGCUCAUAUUUAUGGUAAUCGGGACAAGCAAGAUCCUCUCUCUACUGAAGUGCCCCAUGCUUCAUCCAUCUGGGAUGCUGAAGAAACAUGUGAUGCUUUCUCAUUCCAAAAGAUUCCGAGAACACCCAUCCCAGCUUCUUUUGGGACUUCCAGACAGACCACAGAUACAAGUACAAUGGUCAAUAGAAGCACAGUUGAGGAAUUGCGUGAAGUUGACCACACAGGUGAUAACCCUAUAUGCGAAGUAGACCUGACAAAUAACAACCCUUCUGAUGCAUACAAAGUAGAUGAACACCCCAAGGAUCUUGGUGGACUUACAGAUUUAUAUUGGCCAGAUUCUCUAGGACCACUAGAUUUGGAUAUACCUUCAUCAAGAUACCAGGACCAAGAUUUGAUGCUUGGAGAUGGUGUUAGUCUCACUGGUUUGAACCGUUUGAUAGCUAGCAGUCUCGAUGCAUUUCAGAAUUGCUCCUUUUUCGGUUUAGACAAGAAAGAUCAACCACCACCGACAACUGAAGCUCGAGGGACUGCAGCCCCAUUUCUGGACUGUAAAAUUGGUGGCAAGGUUUGAGAAUUUGUAUCUACAAGUCUGGUGGAAAUUUCCCUCCCUCCUCCAAAUGACAUGCUUCGGUUGUUCUUGUUUCAAUGGCUUGAGAAGAUUAAGCAUUGCUUUCUCUCCCACUGUCAUGAGCUGAUAAUGAUGGGACUGGCAGGUUGUUCAGGUUUAAGAAGCCACUGCCAUCACAAAAAUCGUGAAUGCAAUAUGUGUUGCUUCCCUGGAUGAAGAAAAAGAAAACCCUGACCUUCUCACUGUACAAAAACAUAUAGUGCACACAGAUGACUAGUUUAACUUGUUUCGUUUGUACCACUUGUAAAUUUAGAGUGAUUUUAAUUCCAUUUCAUUUUUAUCCUUUUUAUGUUUCUA